CAAAAUUGCAUCUUAUGCUUCACAGCCUUGCACCUGCUUGCCACAUUUCACUGAAUCGCGCGCUUCGUGCUGAUGCUCCUCGGGAUAAAACAAGGGCAGCGCUUCCUUUGCGACAUCGUCGGAUAGACAAAGAGCAGACCAUGUCACGCUCGAGAUGUGAAGCUGCGAGUCAAGACGGUCCAGGCAGUCCCAGCAGCAACGUCGCUUUUGCCCCGCACCAUCCUCCGGCAUUCUACGCGCCAGCCCGGCUGAGCACUAGCGACUCUCCCCCUUCAAACACUCGCAAGCACGCGCAUCGAUCGAACUCUUCCUCGAUCGACAGCACAUCUACUCGACGCGAUGCUGCUCAGGCCGCUUCAAGCCAGGCAGGCUUCCAAGCUGAGAACGUGGAUGGGAAGGACACGAGCAGAGUCGAGAUUGCGAGCGGGAAAGAGGAGGAGGGGAAAGCGGAGCAGCACAGAGGUCUUGCGGCUGCUCCAAGCGCAGCUUUGACACAGACACGAAGCGAACCAGCUGCGAUCUACGUGGAGUGGGCAGAUGGCGAUCCCGAAAAUCCCUACAAUUGGUCUUUCGGUCGAAGAGUGAUGAUCAUCUGCAUCUGCAUAGGUUUCAGCGCCAUUACAGCCGUCAACGCCACAGCGUACGGCACGACCCAAUCAGGCGCCCUCGUCGACCUUAACACGACGACGGAGGUGUACUUGCUGGGCAAUACGGCAUACCUCUCUAUAGGAAUCGCCUUUACGCCUUUGUUGCUCGCACCGCUCUCGGAGAUAUAUGGUCGCACACCGAUCUACAUGGUCGCCGUCUUUCUCAAUGCGGUUAUGUUCAUCCCGCAAGCUCUCGCUCCGAACGUGUACGCCAUCAUUCUCAGCCGGUUUGUGCAGGGCAUGGCAGCCAGUGUGGGCAAUAGCAUGGUCGGAGGAAGUGUUUCAGACGUCUUUCCAGCUUCAAGCCGUGGUAUACCCAUGGCCAUCUUUGCCCUAGGCAUUUUCGUUGGGCAAGGGAUAGGUCCAGUGGCGGGAGCGUACACAGCGGAGCACGUGGGAUGGCGAAUCACAUUCUGGUGGCUUUGCGCCAUGGCCUUCUUCUCCUUUGCACUCUAUGCCAUCGGUCUCCGAGAAACAAGAGGUCCAGUUCUGCUCAGUCGCAAGGCUAAAAGACUGACAAGGGAGACGGGCAAAUUGCACAGGUGCAGAGCGGAUGACGAGAGGUCCAGCUUUUGGACGGCUGUAAAGAUUAGCCUGUGUAGACCUGCCGUCUGGCUCGUCACCGAGCCCAUUGUCUUGUUCUUCAGCACGUGGAUAGGCUUCUUGUGGGGUACUCUCUUUCUAUUGCUCCAAGGUACUCCCACCGUCUUCGAAGCGUACGGCUGGUCUGAAGCAGCUCGAUCUUCCGUCCUUUCGGUGCUGGGACUAGGGGGCAUCGUAGGUUUCUUUGCACAUCUGCACCAGGAAAAGCUUUACAAUCGAGAAGCUGCCAAAGCUGCGCCCGACAAACCUAGACCCGAAGCUAGGCUCUAUUGGAGCUGCGUCGGAGCCGUGCUUGCUCCUGCUGCUAUGUUUGGAUUCGCUUGGACAGGCCAAGCUUCGGUCCAUCCGGCAGUACCCAUCGUGAUGCUCGGCAUCUUUGCCUCGGCCAUCUUCCCCAUCUACUUGGCAGUGUUCUUGUACUUUGCCGACGUCUUUGAAGCUUACGCAUCUUCUGGCCUCGCAGCCCAAUCUUGGUUGCGAAACGUCUUUGCUGGUAGUUUUCCGCUCUUUGCUCCAGCCAUGUACGGCAAUCUGAGGCCGCCCGUCGCCUCGUCGAUCUUGGGCGCCAUUGCAGCGAUUCUGGGUCUGUGUCCCUUUUUCCUCCUCUUCUUUGGGGAGAGGGUGAGAGGCAUGUCCAAAGUUGCGCGACAGAUUGCGAAAGAAGAAGAGGAAAGGCAAGAGAGCAUGCAGCAGCAGAGGGAAAAGAUGAGGAGAUGGCGGGAGAGACAAAACGAAAAGGAGAGGAGAAAGAUGCAGAAGGAGACAUUAGCUGGUCAGAGGCCGAUUGUGCAAGGCGCGACUCCUCACACUGUCUCCGAGACCAGCACGGCUCAUGAUGUAGAGCGCGAUGCCGAAGUCAAGCCGCCGGCUUGUCCUGACAAGGAGGUGCAACAUUCUUUGAAGGCUUGACAAGUCUGAAGGUCACAUGCUCUCCUGUGAGGAAGACAUUUACGCACCUCUUUGCUCUCAAUCAUAUCGUCAUCGUAGCCCGAGUGCGUGG